AUGUGGGGGUGUCAUUUCAGUGCACUGAAGCGUCAGAAGGCACUCAUCGGUCGUUACAACUCAGACAUAGGAUUCAUCCCCUCAACCCAUCUGAAUUUGCCGCUGAUUCGUCCACUCUCGAAGGAACUUUGCUACUACUGUAGUUUCGGACCUAAAACGUGCGCAGCCACGCACGCACGCACGCGUGCCAUCGCAUCCGCACCGCACCGGCACGAGCUAUUGCGAAAUGCGACGCGCGCGAGCCGAAGACCAUACGUAAGCCUUAUUGUGGGAUAG